AGAGGAGAGACAGACAAGGACACAGACACAGAAACAGAUGCCUCACGACGUCUCAGAGCAGCAGCCAUGCAGGCCUCACUGCCCAGAGCCCCGGGCCCUAGAGGAGGACAGGAACAACGCACCUCCGCCUGAACCAACACAGAACAACGCCUCGUUCCCCAGCUUCGUGGAUGUCCCAGGUCCAUGUGAGCCGGAGGACCUGAUCGAUGGGAUCAUCUUUGCUGCUAACUAUCUGGGUUCCACCCAGCUGCUGUCUGACAAAAACCCGUCUAAAGGAAUACGCAUGGCCCAGGCCCAGCAGUCUGUCAGCCAGGUCAAGAGCCGAGAUGAAGACUCUCAGAUGGUGACAGAAGUUGACCUCUUCAUCUCCACCAAGGCAGUCAAAGUGCUGAAUGCUGACACACAGGAGACGCUGAUGGACAGUGCGUUGCGUACCAUCUCCUACAUCGCAGACAUCGGGAGCAUCGUGGUUCUGAUGGCUCGUACCCGUAUGUCAGGCACGUCCUCGCAGGACUGUACUGAAGCUGAUCUCUCCUCCUCAGAGGGACAGAGACACUACAGAAUGAUCUGCUAUGUCUUUGAGUCAGAAGACGCCCAACUCAUUGCCCAGUCCAUCGGACAGGCGUUCAGCGUUGCCUACAGGGAGUUCCUCCGAGCCAAUGGGAUCAACCCUAAGGACCUGAGUCAGAAGCAAUACAGUGACAUCAUCAAUUCCCAGGAAAUGUACAACGACGACCUGGUCCAUUUCUCAAACUCUGACAACUGUAAAGAGCUGGAGUUGGAGAAGCAGAAGGGAGAGAGCCUGGGUGUGGUGAUAGUGGAGUCUGGCUGGGGCUCCAUCCUGCCCACGGUGAUCCUGGCUAACAUGUUGAACAGCGGCCCGGCUGCCCGCUCUGGGAAACUCAACGUCGGGGACCAGAUCAUGUCCAUUAACAACACUAGCCUGGUGGGCCUACCGCUAGCUACCUGCCAGGGUAUCAUCAAGGGUCUGAAGAGCCAGGUCCAGGUGAAGCUGAGUAUCGUGUGUUGUCCUCCUGUAACCACCGUCCUCAUCAAGAGACCUGACCUCAAGUUCCAGCUGGGCUUCAGUGUUCAGAACGGCAUCAUCUGCAGUCUGAUGCGCGGCGGUAUCGCAGAGCGAGGAGGGGUGCGAGUCGGCCACAGGAUCAUUGAGAUCAAUGGGCAGAGUGUUGUUGCCAUGCCGCAUGAGAAGAUAGUGCAGACCCUGUCUGUAUCAGUGGGAGAGAUCAACAUGAAGACCAUGCCUGCAGUGAUGUUCAGACUGUUAACAGGACAGGAGACUCCUGUCUACAUCUAGUCUCUCCAUUGACUGCAUCCUCAAUGACACCCUAUUCACUAUGUAGUGCACUACUUUUGCCCAUGGCCCAAAUGGCUCUAGGUUCACUAUGUAAGGAAUAGGGUGCCAUUUGGUCCGCAUCUCUUUCUGCGUACUCUCUCACUGCUUCUGCACGUUCUAGAAGGAUGUGUGGUGAACGUCAGGGUGGGCAACAGGCAGAGGAGGCUGGUAUUCCAGCCAUUCCAAUGAGCCUGUCCUCCGAUUUAUAGUGACGCCAGCCUCCACUGGUGACAGGGUGGUACAUUAGCAAGGUUCAUUUUUAUUGAUAAUUUUUAUUUUGGGUAUCCUGUUACUCUGCUUGAAAAUGAGUAUUUCUUCAACUUCAGGCUUAGUUGGAGUAGCCUGGAUUCCCGUCUGUUUAGCUAACAUUCCAAACAUUGUUUUAGCAAUUACUCAUAGUACAAGGAAUGGAAUUUUAGCUAAACAGACUGGUACCCAGGCUAUAAUUGAAGAGCUACACGUUCAUAAUGGUUUGAUGUGUACAGUAUGUGUGUGCGUGUGUGCGUGUGCGUGUGGGUGCGUGUGGGUGCGUGUGCGUGUGUGUGCGUG